AUGCCCUCACUUCGACUUUUUCGCACUUCGCUGCUCGACGCACGCCGCGGUGCUCACCGUUCUCCUUCGCCAUCGCAAUUCAGGAAACUGGUUGCCUCGUCGACUGUCGUCCCACGAUCGCUGAUUGGCCUCGUUUCAUCUCGUAGUGUGACAAUGCCGGGGGGGGCAGAAGCAGCCGGUGAUCCGGGAUUCACGGCAGCGACCAGCACUGAUGCCACCACGUCACGCGUGGAAUCGUCAGCCGAAGGCGCCACGCAAGCCACGUGGACGUACCGAUCGAAUCCGUUCAUUCCGCGUAACGUGGCGGAGAUCGUGGUGGUGCGGCAUGGCGAGACGACGUGGAAUCGCGAGAACCGCAUGCAGGGGCAGACGGAGUCCGACCUCAGCGACGCGGGGCGCGCUCAGGCCCGCGCGGUGCGCCCCGCCUCACCCCUCACGCUGGUCUUCCGAAUGAGUCGUUCGUCCUCUCCCCUCGUCUUCCCGCCUCCACGCCCGUUCGUUACAUGCCCAUUCACAUGCAUGUCAUUCUCCAUCGUCCUGCAUGAUGAAACUGCAGCUCCAGUCAUGGUGAAACUGCAGCUCCAGUCAUGCUCCAGUCAUGGUGAAACUGCAGCUCCAGUCACGGUGAAGCUGCAUUCAGGCUGCCAUGCGCUCCUCCUGUUCUCAUACCCCCUCCUUCCUCCUUCCCCUCUCCAUGCCUUCUCCAUGCCUUCCCCGUCACCUCUUCAUCCCCUCUCCCCUCGCCAGCUGGCAGCUCGCUUUGCCGGGGGUGACCUGCCGUUCACAGCGCUGUAUUCGUCGGACCUCAGGCGGGCGGCAGAGACGGCGGAGGCGGUGGCAGAGGCGGUGGGCAUGCGGGGAGAGCAGGUGGUGCAGCUGCCGGGGCUCAGAGAGCGCAACUUGGGGGUUUUGGAGGGCCUCGUUCGGGAGGAAGCUUCUCGGAAGCACCCUGAGGCCUACAGCACACUUACCUCGAAGGACUGGAGUCAACCCAUUCCUGGAGGGGGAGAGAGCUUGGAAGCCAUGUAUGGGAGGGUGACAGCAACCGUCAAUCGCAUUUCCAAGGAUCACCUCGUCCACGCUUGUCGACCGCUUCUCGUGCCACCAUCGUGCAGCGGACAGGCCUUCCAUACUUCCACUGCGUCAUCUAGACCGUCCGUUGCUAGCCACGCCUCGAGCCAACCGGUCAGCGACUCUUCAAUUAUCGACGAUGCUCCACGGGAGGAGUCGCAGCAGGGGGCCGCACAUCCCGGCAGGGAUUUGUUGCUCGGAAAGCGGUCGCGCUCUCGGUCGCACGUGGCGAGAGCUCUGCCAAUCUCGAUGCACGACGUGGAAGGGCCGCUCCGCGACAUGCUGUUCGCGACGAUCGGCGCCGCGACGGCUCUCAUGGCGUCGGGGUGCAUCGCGUGGCUGUCGAAGCGAAAAGAGUCCAAGGUUCUCGCGGAAGCCAAGGAGCGGGGCCCCGCGGCCUUACCCGAGGUCCCCCCGGCGGCGGAUCCCAGCAGCGCAAUGGGCGGCGCGGAGGCGGGCGUGGGCAGCGGCAAGGAGUCAGUGGAGUGGGUAAACAUGGUGCUGCAUAAGAUGUGGAAGGUGUAUCGCCGCUCCAUUGAGGCAUGGCUCGUCGGGCUGCUACAGCCGGCGAUUGAUACGCUCCCGCUGCCCGCCGUCGUCACGCGCGUCGAGAUUGCCGAGUUCAGUUUGGAUUACGAACCGCUCGCCGUCCGCAACGUGCAGCGCCGCGCUAGCCGGCGCGCCAACGACCUCCAGUACCACGUGGCGCUGCGCUACACGGGCGACGCGCGGUGUCUGCUGCUGCUGCACCUGCGCGUGGCGGGAGUCGACUUCGCGGUGCCGGUGGGUGUGCACGACCUGGACGUGGACGCGGAGCUCUGGGUGAAGCUGCGCCUCACGCCGCGCAAGCCGUACGUCGGCACGCUCUCCAUCGCCUUCGUGCGCCUGCCCACCAUCAAGCUCGUCCUCGCGCCCUUCCGCAUCGUCAACCUCUUCGCCAUUCCGUUCCUCUCCAGCUUCCUCUCCAAGCUACUCACAGUCGACCUGCCACGUCUGCUCGUGCUGCCACGUCACAUCACCUUCGACUUCCUCCCGGCCGGGGAGGACCCCCAGCAGCACAUGGCAGCAGCAGCAUCCGCGAUGGUACUGGAUCUGCUUAAAUCGGAGACGCUCACGGGGCUGGCGGGGCAGCGGCCGUCAUCAGCAGCGUCAGGGCUCGUGCCCACGCGCAUGGAGCCCAGUGACUCGUUUGUCGGGGAGCUCUCAGUGACCCUGUGCGAGGCGCGCAACCUGCCUUCCUAUGGCCUCUCAGUGUGGAGCAACCCGUACUGUCGGUUGAUGGUGGGCGAUGUGAUGGUAGAGAGCAAGCGCAACAGUGAGACGUCACACCCGUCGGGAGCGAGGGACCCGGUGUGGAAUCAGGACUUCCACUUCUGGGUGGAGGACCCCGUGGGGCAGAAGCUCACCGUCAUGCUGAGAGACUCCAUGGCGCUCAACCGCAACAUUGGCUUCGUUGAGGUGCCCAUCUGGCAACUGCAGGACUGUGUGCCGCUCUCCAUGUGGUUACCACUGUUACAAGACGCCCCCUUCGGCGUCAAGCCAGCAGCACAGGGCGAGAUCCGCAUUCUCCUCACCUACAAGUCGUACGUUGACCGCGACGAAUCCUCCACGUUUAGUAACACUGGUGGUAACGCGGUAACAACCGCUAUUCCGGCACCCACCGCCCCUAUCGCUUACAUUAAAGUGUUUGGAGAGAGUGACUCGGACAGUGAUAAGGGGACGGCAGUGGAGGGAGGGGCGGAGGGGGAGGUGGAUGAAGAGGCGUUGCAGGCACUGCAGCAGGAGCGGGAGCAGAAGGGGCUGGAUAAGAUUGUUGAGGAUAGCAUUACUGAGGUGGUGGCGAGUAAUGAGGCGGAAGUAAGGGCGGCGGAGGGGGGCGAGGGGAGCAGUGUGGGGACUGGUGAGGGGAAGGUGGAGGAGAGGAAACCGUCGUUGGUGAGUGUGGCAGGAGUGGUGGGGUCAGGGGCGGUGGCAGCUGUGGGUGGGGUGCUGAGCGGUGCAAAGGGGUUGGUGGUUGGUGCUGCAGGGGCUGUGGGAGGAGCGGCAGGGGCUGUGGGAGGAGCGGUAGGGGCAGCAGGAGGCGCCGUGGCUGGAGCAGCUGGGUGGAUGUUUGAGAGUGUGAGGGGCGUGCUAAGGAACAGGACUAGUGACGAGGUUUAUGCUGAUAGGGCAGGAGAGGAGGAGGAAGGGAAGAAUGCUGUUCAUGACAUGUCUGCAGCUGCCAGGGACGGAACUGGCUCAGAUGCCGAACCUGAGAUUCGCAUCCGAGCCUUUCCUGUAAGUGACUGGUCGCCGCCGAAGCAGCAGGGUAAGCGUGAGCAAAGUACCGGAUACGAGGCGUGUGAGUGGGACGAGGUUCGGCAGGAGCAGAGCGAGGCUCGGUUGACGGAGUGGGAUAUAGAGAACACAGCAGAGCGGCUGUGGCGGCUGGAGGAGAGGCGGAGGAGGAGGGAGCUGAGAGCACAACGGGCAAGCAGUGAUGCUGGCGCUGCUGAUACGAGUGGGUUGAGGGAUGUGAACGAUGCAGCAGGAGUGACGGGGAAAGUCAACGGCAAGCCAAACAGUAGGGUGGUGAACGGUGAGGUAGCAGAGAAAGCGGAGGAGAGGGGCAGGUCGGAUGCGUUUGGUUCGAUGAACGGCGCCAUUAGCGAUUUUUUUGACUCCAUGAACCGCCAAUGA